AUGAGACCACUCACUCCCCGACCCAGCAACGCCUUGCAUCGGGGCUACUCGACUCAGCAUGCCGCCCCUUUUCUCGAAGCGAGAAUCGCUGAAAUUCUACACUCCAAGAAGGAAAUACCAGACCACCUCUCACCGACGCCAUCGCAUCUCCUCAAUGUCUUGUUCUCAGAUAUUUUUCCUUCGCCCACGCCUUCGUCGUGCUCCGAUCCCUCCCCGCCAAAACAUUCCACACUACAAGACCCUAGUCACACACUACCUCAGGGCCAUCAUCUAGUCUACUUUCCCCUACAAACCCCGCCGUCGGGGCUUAUGCUGGACGGCACGGACCCGGACCACUGUCCCGGCGCGCCGUUCACGCGUCGUUUGUGGGCGGGCGGUGAAGUCCGGUUUCGCAAGGACUGGGAGGACGAUCUUCGUCUAGAUGGGCGGCGGGUCAGAUGUGUUGAGAGCGUGGAUGACGUGAGGGCCGAGAAGGGGAGGGUUUGGGUCGAGCUCUGGCGGCGGUACGGGGCGGCGGCGGCCUCUGCCGUCGGGUGUGGAGAUGGUCCUGCGAUCGAAGAGAGGAGGACGUUGGCUUUUCUUCCGGCGAUCGAUGCUCCCGCCCCCGCGCGGCGAAUCUUGAAGCCCCCCCAUAAGCCGACAGUUUCUCUCGCGCUCACGCCAACGCAGAAUCUGCUCACCAAUUUCAGCGCCUUAACAUAUAACGCGCACGCAAUUCACCUCGACCCGGCGUGGGCUGCGCAGGAGGGCCACCCGGCGCCGCUGGUACACGGCCCCCUUUCCCUGGCGCUGAUGCUCGCGUUCCUGAACAGGUUGGGCAAGGGGCAGAGUGUGCGGUGGUACGGGUACCGGAACCUGACGCCGCUGUACCGCGACCGCGAGAUGACACUUUGCGUGCGAGAAAAGGGCGAGAGUGGGGCGGAGCAGAAGGAGAGGAAGUGGGAUGUUUGGAUCGAAGGGGAUGAUGGGGGAAUGGCGGUCAAGGGAACUGCUACAACUGUUGAUUUGUAG